AGAGGAGCAGACAGGAGCAGCAUGAUGACGACCUCUGUGAAGGUUUUGGCUGUGGUUCUUUUUCUCUACAUAAACUCAGCUGUUGGUCUUCAGUGCUGGUUUUGUGGAGAUGGUUCUUGUUCUUCUCAGACGUCAGUGAAAUGCUCUUCAGGACAGACCCUUUGUGUGUCCAGAUAUUAUCAAGUCACGUAUGGGAACUACAGUUAUAACCAGACCUAUAAACGCUGUGCCUUUAGCUCGGACUGUACAGCUGAAGAAUCUGAGUUUGUUUCAUAUAUUUAUGGCUCCAAGUCUUAUGUUUCAAACACCACGUGCUGCGACACAGACAACUGCAACUACAUGACUGCAUCCAUUACGGUGCCCCCUGUGGGCUCUCUGAAGUGUUACAGCUGUGAUCCCUCCUCAUAUGAAUGCACUGCCAAUGUGAGCUGUAAGGCCCAGGAGGUCUGUGGACAGGCUGUGUUCGACCCAGAUGGCACACCUUCCCCUUUUCAUGGCUGUGUCUCUGAGAAUCUGUGCAACAACCCCACUCUGUCUCAAAAAUAUUUGUACUACGGAACCCCUGUGUCCUGCUGCAACACUUCACACUGCAAUGUGCCAGAUCUGGGGUUACAGUGUAUGACGUGCACAGACUCAUCAUGUUCUUCUCAGCGCUCAGUGACCUGCUCCAAACUCGCCCCCUUGUGUUUCUCUCGGGCCUAUGCAGGUUCUUAUAAUUAUGGAAAUGGCACUUACAGUGAGAUCUAUAAAGGCUGUGCUUCUGCCUCGGUCUGUGCUUCUGGAGUUUUUGUUUCUUUUAACUAUGGCUCCCAGUCUUACUUCGGAAAGUCCACGUGCUGCGACACAGACGACUGCAACGCUCUGGACCCGUCCCUGCCCCCUGCUGGCUCUCUGCAGUGUUACAGCUGUGACCCAUACACAGAAGAAUGUUCUGCAAAUGUGACCUGCAACACCCUGGAGACCUGCUUCUCUGUCUCUGACGGGACCUACAGUUUUUACGGAUGUGUCUCUGAGAAUCUGUGUGACAACCUCACCCUCUCCCAGGAAUACUUUUACACCAGAAAGCCAUUGUCCUGCUGCAGCACAAGCCACUGCAACGUCCCUCAGUCCCUGCUCAUAUCCACAGACACGCCGCCAGUCACCACAGAGGCCCCGCCCUCCUCAGACUCGAAGGAGGACCAGGAUUUUUCAGUGUUUUCAGGAGCUGUGCAGGUUCUGUCUCCAGCUCUGCUCCUGUCUCUGCUGCUGCCCGGUGUUCACAUGUUUAACUUUAUUGUGUAAGAUUCUAUGGGUGGGGAUAGGAGGAAGUUGAAAAUGGAAAUUUUCUGAGCUCUCAAGCCUCAAAAGAAUCAGAAUACAACUGAGUAAGAAAAUGAGAAAACACUGUUCUAACAUGUUCAAAGCUCAUACGUUGAUUUAGCAGAAUGUGCCUUCUUUAUUAACAAUAGUGGUUUUCACAGCAGGGUU